GCCGAUGAAAGAGACCGAGAGCUUCGUCCGUGUUUUCGGGCUUUGGUUUUCUUUUGCGAGCCUCCGUCGUGAGGAGGAGAGCGAGGAGGAGGGCCGAGGAGAAACCCUAGAUUUCUAGAGAUCCAAUUCUAGGGUUUCGGUUGGAGAGGGGCCCUUCUUCUCUCUUUCGAGAUGGAGAUCAUUGGCAAGCUGAGAAACCUUGAUGCGUACCCGAAGAUCAAUGAGGAUUUCUACAGCCGGACUCUUUCCGGGGGAGUAAUCACCAUCGUCUCGACCGUUGUUAUGAUCCUCUUGUUUUUGUCGGAGAUCAGAUUAUAUCUAUAUGCGCCAACCGAGACUCAGCUCAUAGUUGAUACUUCAAGAGGAGAAAGAUUUCAUGUCCAUUUUGACGUUACAUUUCCUUCCCUCGCAUGUUCACUUCUUAGUGUGGAUACCAUGGAUAUCAGUGGAGAGCAGCAUUAUGAUAUUAGACAUGACAUUACAAAAAGAAGACUAGAUCAUCUUGGUAACGUGAUAGAGUCAAAAAAGGAUGGUGUUGGUGCACCCAAGAUUGAAAGGCCUUUGCAAAAGCAUGGAGGAAGACUGGAUCAUAAUGAGGCCUACUGCGGUUCUUGUUAUGGUGCAGAAGCGUCUGAUGAUGACUGCUGUAACUCAUGUGAAGAAGUCCGUGAAGCAUACCGGAAAAAAGGAUGGGGUCUGUCCAAUGCAGAUCUAAUUGACCAGUGUAAGAGAGAGGGCUAUGUCCAAAAAGUUAAAGAGGAAGAAGGUGAAGGAUGCAACAUCAAUGGGUUCUUAGAUGUCAAUAAAGUAGCAGGAAAUUUUCACUUUGCUCCAGGGAAAAGCUUUCAUGGUGCCAACAUUUUUUUGCAAGAUUUAGUGGCUUUUCAAACUGAAAACUAUAAUAUUACACACAAGAUUAACAAGCUAUCAUUUGGUGAUGAAUUCCCUGGUGUUGUAAAUCCCCUUGAUGGUGUGGAGUGGACCCAGCCAACAACUUCUGGAAUGUAUCAAUACUUUAUCAAAGUUGUUCCCACAAUUUACACUGAUGUUAUGGGACGCAGGAUCCACUCUAACCAGUUUUCAGUGACAGAGCACUUCAGAGAGGGAAAUGUUUACCCUAGGCCUCCUCCUGGGGUGUACUUCAUCUAUGACUUCUCACCAAUUAAGGUGAUCUUCACAGAAGGAAAUACAUCACUCCUGCACUUCCUGACUAAUAUCUGUGCAAUUGUUGGAGGUGUUUUCACUGUUUCUGGAAUUAUCGAUGCCUUUGUUUAUCAUGGCCAUCGAGCAAUCAAGAAGAAGAUUGAACUUGGCAAGUAUAGGUGAUCUGCUUCCAAAUGAAUGGCCCUGCCCAAAUUUUCGAGUUUCGAAGCCCAUGUGAAACUCUUGCAAUGGAAAUGGGAGUUCGAAAAUCCUAAAGCGAGGAAAGGUGAUGCAGAGAUAGUCCAUACAACUUCAAAUGUCAUUUUAUGAUAAUCUAGCAGCACCAUACUGGACUGGUUAAUUUGAGCAUCCUGUACAAUUUCUAUUUCAUUAAUGUUGGUUUUCCCUCUUAUUUAUCUCCUUCUUGGUAUUUAUUGAUCUAAUGAAUUGAUCAGAUCUGUUAAUUUGUUUGUCAAGGUGUACUUAGUUUUUGAAAGCUUGUACAGCAGUUUGCUGUUGCAGAGUAAUGUGUUGUGAUUUUGUC